AAAUGCUUCCUUCCCCAAGCACUUAAACACCGAGCUCCGGCUCCUGCCCCAGAACAAGCCGCUCCAUGUUUUACCGGCCUCUCUCCGCCGCAGUGGGAGAGGAAGUCGAACCGAGAGUCAAGCGGAGACGCUACCGCGUUAGCAAAAAAAAAAAAAAAAAAGCCUACAGAAAUAUACAGCGAGGAGGGUUUUCGAGCAAACAUGUGCCACAUUUUUGCUGGGAAACGAUACGCUUGACUGAACGGAGCGGGCUCUAUCGACUGGCACACGUCGCCGAGACAGCGAAGGGACCCGCGUCAGUGCUCCUCUCAGGCAGCUCGAGAGAGACGGCUCCCCUGUCGCGGACAGCCUGGUAGGCAGGAACCGCUCGGCUCUGGCUGGCUGGCGCGGAAAACGACGACCUGCUCGACUCUGCUGGGUUUUCUUAGUAUUUUCAACUCGCCGCGUGAGAAGACCUCAAAAACAGCGGCACAACCAUCGUGCUUCUUCAAUUUUGGCGUGGGAAAAUAUAACAGACAAUCUUCGCCUUAACUGAUAAUAACCUCGACUCCCAGUUCUGUGAAACCACCGCUGGACAGCCGAGCUGCUCUCCAUCUCUCCGCGCGCCCUCCCUCCUCUGCUACCGUCACGGUGUGCAGCUCCGUGCUGGCUCUCCUCCCCGCGCUGGGGAUAACUCAACGAGAAGCCAUGGACUAUAUUUGUCAUCUUUACUGAUAUUUUUCUCCACGAGUUCCUGGGCUGUUUCUCGGAAGCGCAGCGAAACUUCCCCAAUAACAAGGAGACGGAAGCAAGAGCAGCCGUUAGCUUUUCAGAUAAACUACUGCACGGCGUCGGAGCAGCACCGCUGUUAGUCAACCAGCUCCUAAUAACCGUGUUGACAAGCGGCUCUACGGGCUUUUGAAUGCAGCUGUCGAAACCCAGCAGCUCGCUGGAAAUUUAGCUUUCUGGCUAGCAGGUUUCAGUUUUGCUAGCUAGCAUGUUGGCUAGCUAGCAGGCGAACCCGAAUAUCGACACCAGCAGGAGGCUACAGCAGGUUAGCUCCACGACGCGUGGAUUUGGCUUGUGAUUAGUUAAUCGCGCCGUGCCGGCUCUGGAUUUGGAGCUAAAGCGCUCAAGGUGUUUAUCCGCGUCUUUUCCGACGGUAUUUUCGGCGUGAUUGCUGCGCCCCGCACGGAGCACUACGGCUGCAACAGGAAGGGAGCCGAGCGAAGGAAAAAAAAGGACUGGGCAGAAAAGGAAAAACAAAUAGCCACACAGAGAGCGGAGAGUGGGAUUGAUCGGAGGUCAUUAUUAUGAACGCUGCUUGUUUUUCAGCUUCCGAUCGCACGGACUUAUCGGUGCCAAAGCUCGCUUAAAGGAUUCUUAAUAUUUUGAGACGAGGACAACGGGUCGCCACAUUUAACCUGCCCUGGAGGGUCUUAUUCAGGUCUUUUCAGUAAAUCCGCCCCCCUCCCCUUCCCUAAAUGUGAUCGUUCGAGCAAAACGAGCCACACGUGUUCCUGUUUGUUUGCUGUAACGCAGACCCUCUGCUGCUAUCGAGGCCACAAAAACAAUCGGGAGUUACAUCUCACGUUCUGACUGCAGACUCCGCCUGCCAUUUCUCUCAAAUUGGACCCCCCCAUCCCCUCCUUACCGCACAUUUGUUUACAUUUGAAGGGAAAAUCCCGAAUCGGAACCCCAUGUGGAACUGCAGACAAACCGAUCGUUUGGGCACAUUUUUUUCAGCGAGGAAGUCCCGAGAGACGUGCAGAAUUUGACAGCUGUCCACUAAGGCUGCAUAUCACGGCAGCCCUGUGAGGCGAGGAAGCGCUGACACCAAAACGAGCCCGAUCCUGCUUAUUUUAGCACCUUUCCUCCCGGCGGUCACACGGCGCAAUCCGGCUGCAGUUUUGCGCCAAAUGGGAUUGCAAGGACGGCGAUCGAGCUGAUCCACGGACUGCGACUUAUUUAAAUUUUUGAGCCGAUCUGCCCACCUUAAUGUCCCCCCCCAUGAAUUCCCUUUUUAUGUCUUAAUGAUGAUGGUGGCUUGAGGUUAGCAGCCGCAGACAUCCACACGAUUCCGCUUCCUCCGGACCCCCCACACCCCCUGUCAUCACACCUCGGCCCUUGAUGGUGGUCCUCCCCGCUGGAGGAAACGGUUCUUUUAAUUCCCUCAAUAGUUUUUUUUAAAGUACCACAGGAAGCCUGCUGUUUUUAUUCAUUUGCUCCUCCAAAGGGUCGAAAAAUGGCGGACCUCGAAGCGGUACUCGCCGAUGUCAGCUAUUUGAUGGCGAUGGAGAAGAGCAAGUCUACUCCUGCCGCCCGAGCCAGUAAGAAAAUCAUCCUCCCUGAGCCCAGUAUUCGCAGUGUAAUGCAGAAGUACCUGGAGGAAAGGGACGAACUCACUUUUGACAAAAUUUUCAACCAGAAAAUUGGCUUCCUGCUGUUUAAAGAUUUCUGUAUGAAUGAGAUCGACGAGGCUGUGCCUCAGCUCAAGUUCUACGAAGAAAUCAAGGAAUACGAGAACCUGGACUCUGAGGAGGAGCGUCUGAGCCGCAGCCGGCAGAUUUAUGACGUCUACAUCAUGAAGGAGCUGCUGUCCUGUUCACAUCCAUUUUCCAAGAAGGCAGUGGACCAUGUGCAGAGUCAUCUGGCAAAGAAAAUGGUCCCCCCAACUCUCUUCCAGCCAUACAUAGUGGAGAUCUGUGACAGCUUGAGAGGGAACAUCUUCCAGAAGUUCAUUGAAAGCGACAAGUUCACUCGGUUUUGCCAGUGGAAGAACGUGGAACUCAACAUCCAUCUGACCAUGAACGACUUCAGCGUACAUCGGAUCAUCGGCAGGGGCGGCUUCGGGGAGGUGUACGGCUGCAGAAAGGCCGACACGGGGAAGAUGUACGCCAUGAAGUGCUUGGACAAGAAAAGGAUCAAAAUGAAGCAGGGCGAGACUCUGGCGCUCAACGAGAGAAUCAUGCUGUCGCUAGUCAGCACAGGGGACUGCCCGUUCAUCGUGUGUAUGACGUACGCCUUCCACACCCCCGACAAGCUCUGCUUCAUCUUGGACCUCAUGAACGGGGGUGACCUGCACUACCACCUCUCCCAGCAUGGUGUGUUUAGUGAGAAAGAGAUGCGGUUCUACGCUGCUGAAAUAAUCCUGGGCCUGGAGCACAUGCACAACCGCUUCGUCGUCUACAGAGACCUCAAGCCGGCCAACAUCCUUUUGGACGAACACGGCCACGUUCGGAUCUCAGACCUCGGCCUGGCCUGCGACUUCUCCAAGAAGAAGCCCCACGCUAGCGUUGGGACUCAUGGCUACAUGGCUCCAGAGGUCCUUCAGAAGGGAACGGCGUACGACAGCAGCGCAGACUGGUUUUCUUUAGGCUGCAUGCUCUUCAAACUCCUCAGAGGGCACAGCCCCUUCAGACAGCACAAGACCAAAGACAAACAUGAGAUAGACCGCAUGACGCUGACCAUGAAUGUGGAGCUGCCAGAUUCGUUCACCCCGGAGCUCAAGGAUCUGCUGGAGGGGUUGCUGCAAAGAGACGUGUCCAAGCGGCUCGGUUGCCAGGGCCGGGGAGCGCUAGAGGUGAAGGAGCAUCAGUUUUUCAAAGGUAUCGACUGGCAGCAGGUGUACCUGCAGAAGUACCCCCCUCCUUUAAUCCCGCCCAGGGGAGAGGUGAACGCCGCGGAUGCUUUUGACAUCGGCUCGUUUGAUGAGGAGGACACCAAGGGCAUCAAGCUGCUGGACAGCGACCAGGAGCUGUACAAGAACUUCCCUCUGGUCAUAUCGGAGCGCUGGCAGCAGGAGGUGGCUGAGACGGUGUACGAGGCCGUCAACCUGGACACGGACAAGAUAGAGGCUCGGAAGAGGGCCAAGAACAAGCAGCUGGGCCACGAGGAGGACUAUGCUUUUGGGAAAGACUGCAUAAUGCACGGCUACAUGCUGAAGCUGGGCAACCCGUUCCUCACCCAGUGGCAGCGCCGCUACUUCUACCUGUUCCCCAACCGGGUGGAGUGGAGGGGAGAGGGCGAGUCGCGGCAAAACCUGCUGACCAUGGAGCAGAUCGUGUCGGUGGAAGAGACGCAGGUUAAAGACAAGAAGUGCAUCCUGCUGCGCAUCAAGGGAGGGAAGCAGUUUGUCCUGCAGUGUGAGAGCGACCCAGAGUUUGUGCAGUGGAAGAAGGAGCUGAACGAGGCGUUCACAGAGGCCCAGAAGCUGCUGCGCCGCGCGCCCAAGGUGAUCGGGAAAGGCCGAGCUGCCGUGGUGGAGCUCUCCAAACCGCCGCUCACACACCGCAACAGCAACGGCCUGUGAAUAAAAGGAGCACAUACCUUUCAAUAUCUAUACACACACACACACACACACACACACACACUCACGCAAACACACGCAGACACAUACACUCUGCGCACCACAUCAUUUCUGCAAGACAUCGGCCCCAACUUCAUGGCGACGCCUCGCAGUGUGUGCGGACCUGCCGGCCCCUUACCCACACACACACACACACACACGCACACAUGCACCAUCACAGGAGGUUCACCGGUUUCUUUUCCGUUUCAUCCACGGGACUCUGCCAGUCAUGGAGAGGAGAGGCUGGGCAGACUGAAGGAGAGCAGAACCCUCUGCAUGGAGGUGACGAGGAUUUAUCAGACUGUCCUCCACCUUCCCCGGCUCUCCUUCAUCCCCCUGAACCCUCAGGGUCACCUCUCCUCAUUUGAACCGGAUCUCCUGGAAGAAUCUGAAAAACGACUGCAAAACGAAAUGGAGUUUUAAGCAUCAGAUACAGCAGGAGGUCCAAUCAGAGAGAAUUCCUCUUUCCCAGGCCAUGUCGAAGGGGCGGGGCUACUGUGGGGAAUGUAAAAACAAAUCUGCUGCUCGACUGUAUCCUGUCCCUCUUAUUACCAACCCCUCCUCUCAGUUACUGAAGUGUGCAAAGUGCCAACAUGGAUAUUUUACUUGAGUCACCUGAGCGGCCGGCGGGAGCCCCCCGUCCCUCUGGACCCUCUCAGGGUGUUUGUUGGCGGCCGAUUUAUCAUUCCAGUCCUGAAAAAGAAGAGGACCAACAGACUCUUUUCAGAUUGGCUCCUGUUUCCAGCCAGUUUCCUUGGCGACCGAGAUUCCAUUGGCUGUCAAACAGCAACGGGUUGCCAUGGGAACUGUGAAGACCAAUGUACCGGAGGAUGGGUAGCCGUGGAUGAUGCUGUGUGUUGGGCUCGCAGGAGGGGCGGGGCAUGUUCAGUGUAUAUAAACAACCCUUUCUCUGUGCAUCCCAUGUUUUGGUCCAGUGUGUUUGCAUUGUCGGAGGACCUCUAUCUGCCUGUCCAAAAGCCUCGCAAGGCUUCACCCCGACACAGGAGGACGGGGAUGUUCUCUCUCAUUCUGCAGAGUGUGUGAGGGCGUAAGGUGUGUGUGGAAGAGCAGGUGUCGCUGCUGCGUUACCUCUGCUGGGCUGUUUCCAGAUGAUGCCAUCACACAGACGCACACAUUCUCGUGGCUUUGCAGGUUCAGCCGGUGUUUGUCGUCAGAGUGAGCACAAGUCGGACGAGGAGGAGCUGAAGCUGAGCGAAAGUUUUACAAUCAACAUUUGGUUUUCUCUUAUUUUUCUGGCUUUUGCUCUUUGAUCUCCGAAGGCGCCUGGAGGACCAAUCCCAACCUGCUACACAGUCCGCCAAUAUCAACAUAUCCAGCUCUCAAAUAUAGUCAUAACAUUGGGUUCAAGAUUUUUAGCAAUGUUUUUGGUAAAGCUACAAUUUUCCUGUUUUGUUUUGUUUUGCACAGUGGUAUAACACUUUCGGUUUUAAGAAAUUUGUAAUUGGUUUAGAAAAUAUCAGUGCAGCUUUGACAAAACUGCUCUAGUUUAAUGAGAACUGCUAUAGAAGUGAAAAUCAGGUUUAGGUUCAGCCAAAGUGUUGGACAAAAACAAAGAAAUCCCACACAGUCCAGGCUAUCUUGAAAAACUGAAAUAGACAUCUAUAAAAAGCAUUAACAUCUAACGGUGCUAGUAAUGCUAAAUUUACCAACGUUAGCCACUGAUGAUGCUUGCAACUGAUUAUGCUAACUUUAACAACAUUCCCCAUUGAUAUUUCUUGUGGUGUCUGAUGCUAUCUUGACACCACAAGAAGCUAAUGUGGCUCAGCAGUAAUAAUGCUAACUUUUAACAGGAUUAGCUACUAAUGCUGCUUGUGGCCAAUAAUUUUAACUUUACCAAUGUUAGCCUGCAAUGUUGCUUGUGGUUAAUGAUGCUAACUUUUCCAAUUUUAUCAGUCAAUGAUGCUUGUGACUAAUAUUGCUAAUUUUAGCAUCUUCAGCUUCUAACUUUACUCACAUCAGCAUCAUUAGCAUCUAGCGGUUUUGCAAGUGCAGUUUUCUAUUGGGUUUCCAAAAGGCUUCCACAUAAGCCAUUUAAAAGUGCUGCCAGCCUAUUUAGUUCUGACAGCGAGCCAAAAAGAAGUCUUUCUUAGCCAACUCUAUUUCAACACACGGUCACUCAAGUACUACUUCCUUUCUCACUACAAAAUAAGAGUCUCUAACACAGCAGAGUCUCAUGUUUUGCUUAAAUGAGAAAUAUUCUGUUUUGACCAAAUCUCGUGGCCAAAAGUCUGAAUUUGUAUUUAUUCUUUUUUAUUCCCAGUAAUUGAAAGCACCACAUUCAUUCUGCUAAUCCACUUGAGUGAUAACACUCUUCGGUGUAGAAGUUGUUACACACCUGGUCAGUAACAAACGUUAUGCUGCUUUGUUGACUUGUUCAGUUUGUUUGUGCAAACCAACUGACUGAAGUAGAGCCUUUUCUCUAGUCCAACUGGGACGAAGUCAAAGUUAGACUUUUCACAUUUCUGUCUGUAAUUUUCAUCCUCUGUAUUCCAUUUAAAAACAUUCAAUGUUUGAAAAUGUUCACCUAAUUUUGUUCUUUUUCAAUAUGCAUCAGCUGCAUGUCCUAACUAUAUAUGAAGCACAGGGAAUCUUUUCUUUCUGAAAUGCUGCACGCCGUUUAUAAAAGCUCCUUCAGUUUGACUUUAUUGUUGCCAUAUCUGGAGCAAAAGGUGAGAGACGAAGCUAACUCAGCUCAUCCAGUCAGCUUUAAAUCACGUCACGUUUAAAUCAGAAAGCCGAACUCAUCAGCUGUCUGUCCAGCUCCCGUUCAUUAGUGUUUUGUGUUUUUCAUGACCCGGUCCGGUCGGGGCUGAACCAUGUGGAGCACCGGGGCGUUUACGGGACGGGUUGUCGCAGUGUUACAGGAUGCGUAGCGGAAGGAGAAAUCUAUUGUAAUUUCAGGGUUUUUAUUUUUUAUGCAGUACAAGGUCCUUGUUGCAGAACUGUAAUGCAAAAAGCUUCAGUAGAAAAAAGGGUUGAUUUGGGUAAAUUGCUUUUUUUUUUUUUUUUUGAUAGCCUGUUUUUUCGUCAGGGGGAAAUCUUAUCGUGUUGUAGAGAUUUUUGCCACCUCUUAAGGUGUCUUUUAUUUUUAUAAACCAAAAUGGUUUUUAUUGUUUUUAUUGAAAGUUAUGUUGUUGCACCUUUUUAGCCCAAUGUGUUACUUACCAGUUGUUGUUAAAUGUGCCAAAUAACUUUUUAUGUUGAAAAUUUUUUUGUUGAUAUUGAAAUGAACGAGUGGAACUAAGCGGAAGUUGGACGUUUGCUUCUCGUCACGGACGCGUCAGCAGCCAAAACGAUUGAAAAUCCACUCUCACGAACUUUUUAAGGAGACGAUUUUGUUAGAAGGGUACAAAACUGUGACCAAACGUUUCUCCACUGGUGUUUGUGUGUCUGUGUGUCAGUGUGUUCGGGUCGCCGCGGGGGAUUCUGAAAACACACACCACCCGGUUCCGCGUACUUGUUCCUGAAAGUUUUUUUUUUUUUUUUCCCCUCUCUAUACUCCACACUGUGCGUAAGUCGUGAGUUCUGGGAGAUACGUGAGCCUCAUUCACGCCUCGUAUCGCCGCCUGGUGUACGUUUUACUUUCUUUCUAAGUCACACACAGAUUUCCCUCCCUCGGACACACACUCAACACGAUUUUAAAAAAGGACAGCAUAUAGGAAAAAAAAAUAUAUAGUAUAUAUAAAUAUAUGUGUAUAUGAAAUGACAAAACGCUCUAGGUUUAUUUAAAAGAUUUAAUGUAGAAAACAAAAUGAACUUGUCGAGGGGAGGUCGGGGAAAUUGAUGUGAGUAUAAUUGUUUGUGGUGAUGACUUCAGCUUGAAUCUUGCACAUAAAAAGACUUAUUAGAGAUAUUGUACCUGCGAGUUCCAGAUGAUUAUUUUUGUUCAGACACCAGACUCUGUGCUUUUGUUUAGUUUUUUUUUUUUUUUUUCAUAUUUAUUGUGUGCAUGGGGAGCCGGGAGCCGGCGUCUCUCCUUCACACGUCGGAGCUUUUUGGCCGAGGCUUACUGUAGAAAACCCCUCCAGUUUACACCCGUCUGAAACUGUUCUCGUUUUCACACGCCACAAACACAAAUACUACUGCUUUUGGGUUAUUCAAAUUAAGGUAAAAGAAGAAAAAAAAAUAAUACUGCUAUCUGACUGAUGAUAUUAUUCAGUGAAUAUUCUAAAGUUUAUUUUAUUUCAAUGAUUCUUUUUGUUUUUGAGAUAGAAAGUUGCUUGUUGGACUGCUUGUAAGAACAGUUCAAGAAUAAAAACGACUUUUUCUGUGUU